AUGCAGGGACAUACUUCCCACGACCAGGACUCCAUCGACAAGCUCGUGAGCAUCGCUGGCAGCAAGGCCAUCUUUGGCUCCACAUCUCCGCGAAAGAACAGGUCGGCAGGAAUGCGCUCCUCCACCGAGUCCACUCGCUCUUUGGCAUCUUCGAGCUCUUCGGUGCGAUCUCCGCGCACGCCUCUCACCCCGAUGUUCUCGCAUCCCGAACACGAUGUGACAAAGACACCCACGCUCAGCACCAUCGAUUUGCCAGCCGUGGUCGAGGUGCCAAGGCUCAGGAGACCGCAUUUCUCGAGGAUCGUAUCUGAGGAGAUCCAGUACAUUGGACGCUCCUCCGAUGUUCCAGUCUCCGAGGAGGGUCACGAGGAGCGUGCCAGCUCGAUCAAGCGCUCUUCUUCAACCGCCUCUUCCAAGUCUCGUACCUCUGCGAGUCGUUUCAGCACUUGGAACGGAAGAGACGGUCUCAUGCUUGCGAUGGACGAGCUCGAGCAGGAACUCGCCCGCACCAUGGUCACUCUCUCUGCAUCCGCGAACAACACCCCAGUAUCAACCAUCUCUCGGGCUCGCGGCAAGUCGAUGCGAAGGCCACACACGGCAGACAAGGUGCAGGGUCUCAGCUCCGCCAGGAGUUUGCCGAUAGGUCUCGCUCAGGCAGAUGGAUCCUCCAGUGCCGUAUCCGCCUAUCAGUCGCAGUUCCAGCGAGAGUCGUGGAUGUCGUCCCACAGUGACGAGGAUGUUCUCAGCUACAGCAGCCGUCCCAUCCGCUUCUCUGCAUCCGACCUCACACUGCCUUCGGAUUCUCUGGAUCAUUCGAAGCGAUCCGAUGUCGAUGCUGACAGCUCGGCCUCGUGGUCCGCACGACCCGUCUCGCAAGUCUCGAUCGCCUCGAGCGUGUCCAAGAGGUCUUCGGGCGCUGACAUUGACAGUCUACCGGUCCCCGCGCUUGUUUUCGACGGACGCUCCUCUGGCUCCUCCACUGCCUCGGGAGAAGCGUUGUUCCCAGAAGCACCGAGUCGACGGGACAGCUUUGUCACUGCUGAAACCGGACACUCUUUCCAGCGCCUUUCAUCUCUCAUCAAGCGACCCAGCACACUUCGAGUACCGUCUGGAAACAAGUCUGGCCUUUACCAGUUGCAAAAGGGUGCACGUUCCACUCCAUCACUUGCAUCGCGCGAGCCUCCUCGAGACCCGCUACCUCCUCUUCCCAGCAUGCCUGUCGGUCUCAGCCAGCUUCUGCAGGUCGGCGGUGCUAUUCGCCCACCCAGACCUACAAGGUCGCCCGCUAGAAGCUCCACUUCUUCCCGCAGGAACAGCAACGUAUCUCACACGGACAAGCCUCUUCCCGCGCUGCCCUGCUAA